AUGUCACCUCACCAGCAAGGCAUAGCACAGCAAGCCUGUGAACUCAUGAACCAGGGCAUCUUGGCCCUAGUCAGCUCCAUUGGUUGCACAUCAGCUGGGUCCCUCCAGUCUUUGGCAGAUGCCAUGCAUAUCCCACACCUCUUCAUUCAGCGCUCAACCGCUGGGACCCCAAGAAGUGGCUGUGGUCUCACCCGGAGCAACAGGAAUGAUGACUAUACUCUUUCAGUUCGUCCUCCUGUCUACUUGAAUGAAGUCAUCCUAAGAGUAGUCACAGAGUAUGCAUGGCAGAAAUUCAUCAUCUUCUAUGACAGUGAAUAUGAUAUCCGUGGGAUACAGGAGUUUUUGGACAAAGUAUCCCAGCAGGGAAUGGAUGUUGCCCUUCAAAAGGUGGAAAACAACAUCAAUAAAAUGAUCACCACCCUCUUUGACACCAUGAGGAUAGAGGAGUUGAAUCGCUACCGAGACACUCUUAGGAGAGCCAUCCUUGUUAUGAAUCCUGCCACAGCCAAAUCCUUCAUAAGUGAGGUGGUGGAGACUAAUCUGGUUGCUUUUGACUGUCACUGGAUCAUUAUAAAUGAGGAAAUAAAUGAUGUGGAUGUCCAGGAACUUGUCAGAAGGUCCAUUGGAAGGUUAACAAUCAUUCGGCAGACAUUUCCAGUCCCCCAGAAUAUAAGUCAGCGCUGUUUCCGUGGCAACCAUCGAAUCUCUUCAACACUGUGUGAUCCCAAGGAUCCCUUUGCACAGAAUAUGGAGAUUUCUAACCUUUACAUCUACGACACGGUGCUUCUGCUCGCAAACGCUUUCCAUAAGAAGCUGGAGGACCGCAAGUGGCACAGCAUGGCGAGCUUGUCCUGUAUCAGAAAAAACUCGAAGCCCUGGCAGGGAGGGCGAUCCAUGCUGGAGACCAUCAAGAAGGGUGGAGUUAAUGGAUUGACUGGAGAGCUAGAAUUUGGAGAAAAUGGAGGUAACCCCAAUGUGCACUUCGAAAUUCUUGGAACCAACUACGGAGAAGAACUUGGCAGAGGUGUCCGUAAACUUGGGUGCUGGAAUCCUGUGACGGGUCUGAAUGGGUCACUGACUGACAAGAAACUGGAGAACAACAUGAGAGGCGUGGUUCUUCGUGUGGUGACUGUACUGGAGGAGCCUUUUGUAAUGGUCUCUGAAAAUGUCUUGGGAAAACCGAAGAAAUACCAAGGCUUCUCCAUUGAUGUUUUGGAUGCCCUAUCUAACUACCUGGGUUUUAACUAUGAAAUUUAUGUUGCACCGGACCACAAAUAUGGAAGCCCACAGGAAGAUGGGACUUGGAAUGGAUUGGUAGGAGAACUUGUUUUCAAGAGAGCUGACAUCGGGAUUUCUGCUUUAACUAUUACUCCAGACAGAGAGAAUGUUGUGGAUUUUACAACACGUUACAUGGACUACUCAGUGGGGGUCCUACUUCGAAGGGCAGAAAAGACAGUGGAUAUGUUUGCCUGUCUUGCACCAUUUGAUCUGUCUCUGUGGGCCUGCAUUGCUGGCACAGUCCUUCUUGUGGGACUACUGGUCUACCUCUUGAACUGGCUUAAUCCUCCACGAUUGCAAAUGGGAUCAAUGACAUCUACUACACUCUACAACUCUAUGUGGUUUGUGUAUGGAUCCUUUGUUCAGCAAGGUGGGGAAGUCCCAUACACAACUCUGGCAACCCGAAUGAUGAUGGGGGCAUGGUGGUUAUUUGCUCUGAUUGUCAUCUCCUCAUAUACAGCAAACCUUGCUGCUUUCCUCACUAUCACCCGCAUCGAGAGCUCCAUCCAGUCUCUUCAGGAUCUGUCCAAGCAAACAGAUAUUCCUUACGGCACAGUCUUGGACUCUGCAGUGUAUCAGCAUGUCCGCAUGAAGGGGCUGAAUCCUUUUGAGAGGGACAGCAUGUAUUCCCAGAUGUGGAGAAUGAUCAACCGAAGCAAUGGGUCAGAGAACAAUGUUCUGGAGUCCCAAGCAGGCAUCCAAAAGGUAAAAUAUGGAAACUAUGCUUUUGUAUGGGAUGCAGCUGUAUUGGAAUAUGUGGCUAUCAAUGACCCAGACUGCUCCUUCUACACCGUUGGGAAUACUGUUGCUGACCGGGGGUAUGGGAUUGCACUGCAGCAUGGCAGCCCCUAUCGAGAUGUCUUUUCACAAAGGAUCCUGGAGCUGCAGCAGAGUGGAGACAUGGACAUCCUCAAGCACAAGUGGUGGCCUAAGAAUGGCCAGUGUGACCUGUACUCCUCAGUAGAUGCGAAACAGAAGGGAGGAGCCCUGGACAUCAAGAGCCUGGCAGGCGUGUUCUGUAUUCUGGCCGCGGGGAUCGUGCUCUCCUGUCUCAUAGCGGUGCUGGAGACGUGGUGGAGCCGGAGGAAGGGCUCGCGGGUCCCAUCCAAAGAGGAUGACAAGGAAAUUGACCUGGAGCACCUUCAUAGACGUGUAAAUAGCUUGUGCACAGAUGACGACAGCCCCCAUAAACAGUUUUCCACCUCGUCAAUUGACUUGACCCCUCUGGACAUUGACACUUUGCCAACACGACAAGCCCUGGAGCAGAUCAGUGAUUUCAGAAACACUCACAUCACCACCACCACCUUCAUCCCAGAACAGAUCCAGACUCUUAGCCGCACACUCUCAGCGAAGGCUGCCUCUGGCUUUGCUUUCGGUAGUGUGCCGGAGCACCGAACUGGCCCUUUUAGGCACAGGGCCCCUAACGGGGGCUUUUUCAGGAGUCCUAUCAAAACAAUGUCAUCUAUUCCUUAUCAGCCUACUCCCACCCUGGGGCUCAGUCUGGGCAAUGACCCUGACCGAGGCACGUCCAUAUGAGCAGCAGACAGCUCCACUUAUUCUAGGACUCCCCCAAAGGAGCAACUGUAAUGUGGGACUAACAUGGAUGUGACGUUUUAUUUAAAAGAAAUCAGGAUAAUUAGUAACAAUUCUAGUUCUUUUUCCUCACACCCCUUCCCUGACCUAUUGCUUUUCUCUCUCUCUUUCUCCUUCUCUCUAUCUAUCACCCUCCAUUUUUUUUUCAUUACUCAACUUGUUCCCCAAGAAUAGAGUAUUCUAGGAUCCUAUUAGUCUGCUUUUCAUACACUGUACUUCAAGUAUAGGGAGUGAGCACUGGGUCACUGAGAGGACUCGCAGGGUUGACUUUGCAUACAGGGCUCCCAUGUACCGUUCCUCUGUUUUGAAACUAUAACUGCAAUAACUUCAGUCUUUCUCCAUCUUCAGCUGCAUCCAUAGAAUUCUCCACUGUUGUCAAGCGUCCUUUAACUGUGGACCAAAGGCAACCCCUGCAGUGUCUGUAAAAUGAUUUGAAGACCAUUCAGGCCACGCGCUAUGAGAAUGCAGUUUUGUAGGAUUACAAAAAGCCAUUAAUCUGCCAGUCAAGACUACAGUUAAAAACCCCCUUGCACUGUAGCAGUGCAUGCCACCUUCAUGUGAUUGUACAAUAGUCCAACUUUUUCUUAUGUACAGUAAACCUUACCAUAUGGCAAAGGCCUUUAUUGUGUUGAAUAACUUAGUAUUUCAUAUAUACAUAUAUAUGCACCUAUAUAAUGUGUAUAUAUAUAUAAAUGCAGCCAUUGCUAUUGCAAUUCAUUUAAUAAAGCUUUAGUUUAAAAACCAAGCAUUGUGUACAGGAGCUACGGCAGCGCAGGAGGCCUUUCCCGUUGGAAAGGCGGGUUGCUUUAAUGUCAUUCUGACCUGCGUUGUUUGCCAAGAGACUAUUUUAUAAUUUUGUUAUUAAAAC